AUGAGCGGUGGCAUCGGCGGCUUUGUCAAGAGGAGCAAGCCGAGAAGCUCAGCUUCGAGGCUCAGCUCGACCUACGACGAUGAAGAAGAUGUCGAGGCUGUGCCGUCAAGCGUCUCCAUCAAGUCGGUUACGGCAAAGGACAGUGGCAUUGUAUCGAGCUCGAGAGCACCCCGUCGGGCCGUUAAAGGGCUCGACAACGAAGACGAGGAAGACAUCCCCAGGUCAAAUGUCGUCUUCCGGUCCCGAGCAAAAGGGGCGAGGGGAACGCCAUCCUCUUCCUCCGUGGCAGCCAGCAGCAGAACGGGGUUAAACUCAACAUUGGCGUCAAAGCAGCGUCCUGCGGUCAGUGUCAUGGUCGAAGAUGAUCUUGGAGAUGAAGGCGAUGCCUUUGAAGUCCGUCGCUCGAAACUCAACACGACAGGUAAACCGGCUAGAAGAUCUGCAGCCGACACCUCAUCCUCGACAGAGGCCCCAGGACGGUCGACACCGCUUCGUCCAACGACCUUCCAGUCGAUUCCAACACAGACAUCUGAAGUCCCUUCCAGCGCCUCGUCCGGCCUGUAUACCUCCAGAUACCUUGAAGAGCUACGUUCAUCAACACCUACCUCGCGUUCAAGGGCACACAGUCCUACCCCGGAACAGCCUCUUGGACCAGGCACACGCAUCGACGAUCCCAUGGUGGCGCAGACCUCUCGCAUGGCGCUUGAAGACCACGGUGACGGCGACCUCGCUCGAAGCAAGUUCGCCGCUGACUUCGCACACGACGCCAUUCCCAGCGAAAGCGUCAUCCGCGCAGCCAAGGAGAAGCGCGCCAAGCUCCGCGCCGCCGCCGCGAACACCACCUCCUCUUCGGAAGACUUCAUCUCCCUAGCGCCGUUCUCCAAGUCCUCCGCACUGAAGAAGUACGAUGCGAUGGAGAUCGACGACGGGCCGCAUCCGCACUCCAGACUGCAGCGGGAGGAAGACGAGCUGGGCGAUGGCGAAGACGAUUUUGCCGAGUUCACCGGCGCCACCGACCGCAUACCUCUCGGCGAGAAGGCGGAGAAGGAAUGGAUUGACCGACAGAGGCGGGAGAUGGACGCUGCUGUGCGCGGUGAUUUUGAUGAAGAUGCCGUGGUGGAAGACGAGAUGGAUGAAGACGAAGAGGAGUGGGAACGGGCGCAGUUGCGACGUACGCAGAACGUGACACAGACUUCGCAGUCGAGAGAGGCUUCGCCCUUUCGAUCGGCGCCAAUACCUGCAGCGGUGCCGUUGCCGUCCGUUGGAUCGUGCUCUACGCGGCUGGAGCUCACGGUUCGUGCGCUGGAUCAGAGUACGGCUGCCAACGCGGCUGUGGUAGAAUCGUCGACGAAGGAGUUGGAGACGAUAGAGGCAGGUGAGGCGGAGAAUAAGGUGAAAGUUGCACAGGUCGAGGACAAGGCCAGCUGGUUCAACGAGCUCGAUGAAUUUGUGGGCAGCUUGGCGCGGUUCAUGGAGGAGAAGAUCGGGAGGCUCGAGGAGGUGGAGAAGCAAGCAUUGGAUUUGCUAUUCAAACAGAACAGUAUGCACUCGAAGCGGAUGGGCAGGUGGCUCGAUGCAAAGCUGGAAGCGUCUCUUCAGAUCAGGCUUGCGAAGAGCGCGGUGCUCAAUCUCGCCGAGGAGGAAGAUGACGAGAUCGUACCAGGUACCGAGGAGUAUGGUCUGCUGGCACCAACCGAAGCGCCACAACUGGACCGUCUGGACCCCGCCGACGAGCUCUCCUUCACCCUCGCCCAGCGCGAAAUCGCCUCAACCCGCCGAUCCAUCUUCGCCGACGUGCAAGCAGUCGAAUAUGUCGACCCGGGAGCCCUCACCGGCCUGGCACCUUACGCCUUCGGCCACCUCUACCCAGAGCGCACUUCGCCGAAACCGACAGACUACGAUCCGCAUCCACGCAGCGUCGUUGCGCGCUUCGAAUCGUGGCGUUCCCUCUAUCCCGAGGAGUACGCGCAGGUGUGGGGCGGUCUCUCCCUGGCACAGAUCUGGCAGUUCUAUGCGCGACACGAGAUGUGUCUCUGGGUACCCUUUUCUCAGCCAACACCUUCCGGAGAGGGGAUGCCUUGGUAUGAGGGCGCAAUAUGUCUACCGGAGAUGGAGUGGUAUAAGGGGGCAUUUGGGUAUGUGAAACGGGCCCACGCUGAUGCACAGGCAACGGUGGGGGGCGACGACGAGGUGCUUACGACUAUUAUCGCUAAUGUGCUCGUGGGACAUUUGAUUACAUUGGCGAAUAGGGGGGCCUUUUCGCCCUGGUUCGCAGAGCAUACGCGCGAGGCGGUGGAGUCGGUCGAUUGGGUGGUGAGGGCGCUGUUGGGUGCUGAGCAUGUUCGGUACGUCAGCUUGGUCGAGGCGUUCUUAGACGUUUUUGGGGCUCAGAUUGGGAGAUUGAAGGAGGUGAUGGAGACCGGGAUGCAUAUGAAGGGUGGAGAGGAAGGAGCGAGGGCAGCGGCAGAGGUGGUGGAUGCCCUGGUGCAGCGGUUGCUCAAGAACUUGGUCGCCUGGUCGAAACCAGUGGGGCUCAACGAUGGCGCUGCGAGCGGGCAGUCGACGGUGCUCGUCAAGACAGUUGUGGGUCUCGUCGAGACGUUGGUAUUCGACGUUCUUGAGCCCUUCCUUGCGGUAACGGGCCAAAGGGAGGUCACAUUGCAAGCUCGAAGGCAGAUCUUCGACGUGCUUCCAUCGGAGAUCGUCGCCAGGUCCGAGAGGCUCACGUUGCUUUCACAGUCUCUGAAUUGA